AUGUGGCCUUCAGAACGGGAAAUUGCCCUGGCCUUUCUGCAUAAGGUCGCUUCGAACAAGAUGCUUUGCAAGGAAGAUCCGAAAAUGCGAAAACUGCUGCACAAUUCGAAAAGACUUAAUGCUCUCUCUCCCACUUCAUCUGACUCCAGGGCACCCGAAGCGUCCACCCGACAACUGGACCCUUUUCCCAACUUGACUGGCUCUUCAAUGGAUGGCGGCAAUCGGCUAAAGCAUGUUGUCAUUCUGACACCGAGGGAGCGGAAGAAUCGCUGGAUUCACACCACUUGGCAUCACUUGCCUCCGUAUCACUUAAUCACGAAACCCAGCAGGAAUGAACACCAAGGAGCCAUCUACGAGCCUAUCUUUAGCAAAAAGCUUUUACAAUAUGUCAUCCAUCCCGAGCUCGGCUAG